AUGCAGGGAGGAGACUCGCGCAGCCUCACGGAGCCGCCGUUCAUCGCGCGCGUGAGCGUCUCCAUCAAGAGGAAAUGGCAGUACCUGCUGGACAAGUCGACCAUCCACGUGUACGCGCGCUGGGGCGUGGCCCUGGGCCUGCUGGCGCUCUACCUGGUGCGCGUGUUCUACCUCAACGCCUUCCACAUCGUGACGUACGGCCUGGGCAUCUACCUGCUGAACCUGUUCAUCGGCUUCCUGUCGCCCCAAGUUGACAUGGAGUCGGAGGGCCCGCUGCUACCGCACAAGCAGAGCGAGGAGUUCCGCCCAUUCACGCGCCGCGUGCCCGAGUUCCAGUUCUGGUACUCGACCUUCAAGGCCGCCAUCGUGUCGCUGCUCAUGACGCUCAGCAGCGCCUUCGACGUGCCCGUGUUCUGGCCCAUCCUGCUCAUCUACUUCAUCGUGCUCUUCGCGCUCACCAUGAAGCGCCAGAUCAAGCACAUGUGGAAGCACAACUACGUCCCGUGGGACCACGGCAAGCAGGUCUACAAGGGCAAGAAGAACGCCAAAUAG